CAGAAGGAAAAUGGUAUCCGGACCAACAAAGAGUUUAAAGUGGGUGGGGCCAACAAAACAAGGCCCAAUUAUCCGGCAUUGGGUCACUUUCUCUGGCGCACUUUGCGUCUGAAUUUAAUCUUCUUCUUCUUCUUCUCACACUAUUUUUUAUAUAUAUUAAUAUUAUAACAUAUCUUGUACCAAUUUACAGUAGAAGAAGAAUCUAUCAUCAUCAUCAUCAUCAUCAUCAUCAUCUAUUAGGUUUUGGAAUGGACAAGAUCAGGAGAGCAUCUCACGCUGGUUCAUGGUACACCGACAAUCCUAAAAAGUUAGGGGAAGAGCUUGAUGGGUGGCUUAGGGAUUGCGGGGUUGCCCAAUCUUCAGAUGUAAGAGCUGUUAUUGCACCUCAUGCAGGUUAUUCAUACUCUGGCCGUGCUGCAGCCUAUGCCUUUGGCAACAUUGAUCCUGAAAACAUCUCUAGGGUGUUUCUUCUUGGCCCAUCUCACCACCAUUACACUCCCAAAUGUGCUCUUUCAAAAGCUACACUCUACAAGACCCCCAUAGGUGACCUACCAAUUGAUCUACAAGUCAAUGAGGAGCUUAAAGCUACUGGGAAGUUUGAAUUCAUGGAUCUUCAUGUUGAUGAGGCUGAGCAUAGCAUGGAAAUGCACCUUCCCUAUCUAGUUAAAGUAUUCCAGGGGUAUUCUGUGAAAGUUGUGCCCAUUCUGGUCGGUGCUCUCAGUGCUGAAACUGAAGCCAUGUAUGGUCGACUAUUAGCCAAAUAUGUGGAUGAUCCAACAAAUUUCUUUUCUGUCUCUUCAGAUUUUUGUCACUGGGGUUCACGAUUCAACUACACGCAUUAUGAUAAAAAACAUGGAGCUAUCCACAAGUCUAUUGAGGCAUUGGAUAAAUCGGGAAUGGAUAUAAUAGAGACAGGAGAUCCAGAUGCAUUUAAGCAGUAUCUCUUGGAGACGGACAAUACUAUUUGUGGACGACAUCCAAUUAGUGUUUUUCUUCAUAUGUUGAAGAGUAGCUCAACAAAGAUAAAGAUUCGAUUUCUGCGAUACGAACAGUCAAGCCACUGCAAAUCCAUGAGAGACAGCAGUGUAAGUUAUGCCUCUGCAGCAGCAAAAGUUGAUGCUUGAAUUUGUGAGGUGGUGGCACAAGACCUUCCUUAUUUGAUAAAUUAGCAUUCAUGCCUCAGUUGAAUGUAACUUAUAACUUGUGAUUUCUGGCAAUAACAAAUUUGGUCUUAGUCUUCCUUUUAAGAAACAAUUCUUGAUAGUUUGUGUUUCUUUAAUCUGUCAAUGUUCUAUGGUGGUAACAACUCUUGUUCUCCAAAAAUGAAAUAUUAAUACUCUUGGUCUU